AUGGGUGAGAAUAAGAUUCCACUGCACUUGAUGCUAGUUACAUACCUAUUCUAUCUCAUUGUUGUUCUGCUGGGCCAUGCUAGAGAUACAUUUGGGAAACUGUUAUUUCCCAAGAUAUACAAGAAGUAUAAGCUGGAUAAUGGCAAGGUACCACUGUAUGGGAGUUUUGAGAGUUUCUUCAGCCGCAGGAUAUUCAGAAGGGCAAGAGACUGCUGUGAAAGGCCUAUUACUGGUGUUCCAGGGAGACAUGUCACGGUUUUAGAGAGGAUAUCUGAAGAUUAUAAUGAAACCUUUCGGUUUACAGGGAGGAAGUUGAAGUUGCUUAAUCUCGGAUCAUACAAUUACUUGGGGUUCAGCAACAACGAAGGCCCAAUUGUGGAGAAGGUUGUGGAGGUGGUACGCCACUAUCCUCUUGUGAUGACAGCACCAACCAGAGAGGUGGGGUGUUAUGACAUAGUUAGAACACUGGAAGAAGAGAUGGCAUCCUUCCUAUACCAGGAGGAUUGCAUGGUAUUCUCGAUUGGGUAUGGCACAAACUCUUCAAAUAUACCUGUGAUAUGCGAGGCAGAGACGCUUAUCUUGUCUGAUGAGCUUAACCAUGCGUCGUUGAUAACAGGAGCAAAGAUAAGCAAGGGAGUUAUAAGAGUGUUUGAACACAACAAUAUGGAGGACCUGGAGAAUAAGCUGGUCUUCAACAUCUCCCAGGGGCAGCCUUUGACACACAGGUCAUGGAAAAAGAUCAUUGUGAUUGUGGAAGGAAUCUAUUCGAUGGAAGGGACAAUAGUAAACCUGAAAAAGCUUGUCGAGCUGAAAAAGAAGUACAAGUUCUACAUAUUUGUGGAUGAAGCACAUUCUAUAGGGGCGCUAGGAGCCACUGGUCGGGGGGUUUGUGAAUAUGCAGGAGUGGACUUUAAGGAAAUUGACAUUUUCAUGGGAACGUUUACAAAGUCUUUUGGAGGAAUGGGAGGAUACAUAGCAGGGUCAAAGAAGCUGAUAACAUGGCUGAGGUUCUAUAGCGACCUGUCUCUCUAUGGAGACCAGAUUCCUCCGUUUGUAUGCUCGCAGAUAUUGGAAAGUCUGAGAUGCAUAAAGUUUACAGAACUUGGAAGGUUGAAGAUCGAAAAGCUCAGAUCCAACACUGUCCUCAUGAGGCAGAGUCUUGUGAAUGCUGGUUUCUUUGUGCUUGGAGAUGAGUUUUCGCCAGUCAUUCCUAUUCUUAUUGUCUGUCCUGGGAAGCUAGCUGAGUUUUCAAGGUUGUGCAUGGCCGAGGGAAUUGGGGUUGUUGUUGUGGGGUAUCCAGCAACACCCAUAUUGACAAGCAGAGUCAGGCUGUGCAUUUCUGCUUCUCACACCACCGAAGAUGUGAUGAGAGCAUUUGAGGUGAUUGACAGGAUUGGGGAAAGGCUUGGGAUGAAGAUUUGUAAAUGA